AUGAUUGCGGAGGACCUCAUCAGCGACGAGCUUCCGGAGAAGUCGCUCGCGGAGCUGGUCGCCGCACAGGUUCGCGUGAAGCAGGACGAACAUGACAGUGACAGCUCAAGUUCAGCCGGUGACUCCUCAGACUCUUCAGAUUUCGAUGAAAACACAUCGACGAAUAAUCGUGAGCGACCAAACAACAAUCAGAUCGCAAAUAGUGCCUCCGAUGAUUCGGAUAGCUCGAACAACAGCUCCCAGGGAGCAGUAUCUGACUCAUCCUCCGACAGUGAAGAUGUACCUCAACGCAAACCGGCGCAGAACAACCGGGCUGCGAACCGACGAAAUGAUGGCAAACCAUGGGAAGACGAUCCCGAUAUGUACGGAAUCCGGAGAUCUGGCAGAGCUAAACCUCAGACGAACCGAUUCACGGUGGAAGUCAAACCAGUCAAGAAGACUCAACCUCGCAACUCAAAACCUCACUUAUCCAGGGAACACGGUUGGAGCGAAGACAGCGACAGCGACGGCUCGGAGCGUCCGGCUCAAAAACGGAGACGGAAAGCGCCCUCGUCCUCGGAAUACUCUGAUGACGAAGUUGUUCAGCGGGCUUCGGCUCGGAGAGGCACGCGCAAGAGGGUGUCUUACAAGGAAGCUAAAGAGGACGUGACGGACGAGGACGAUCUCAUGUCGGUCGACGGCGACGAAACCAAUGGAGUAGUAGAAGAAGAAAACGUCGAGCAGGUGGAGAAGGUCCUCGACAAGCGACUCGGGAAAAAAGGGGCCACAGGUUCUCCGACGACGAUUUAUGCGGUCGAGAAGAACGGGGAUCCGAACGAUCCGGACGCGAUCGAAAAAGAGCAGCAAUUCCUCAUAAAAUGGAAAAACUGGUCCCAUCUGCACAACACCUGGGAAACUAUGGAAACUUUGCAAUCGCAAGGCGUCAAGGGCAUCAAACGCGUCGACAAUUACCUGAAGAGGGAGGAGGAAGUCCAACGAUGGAAGGAGAGCGCAACACCUGAAGAGAUCGAAUACUUCGAUUGUCAACAAGAGAUGACCGAAUUGCUAUACCUCCGCCAUCAGGUUGUGGAACGAAUCAUAUCACGGAAAGACCGUGACGGCGCUCCAGGAGAGUUCGACUAUUAUUGUAAAUGGGAGGGUCUUCCGUACUCGGACUGUACAUGGGAAGACGCAUCGUUGAUACGCAAGAAGUUCAAACCAAUCAUCGACGCAUUCCACAGCCGGGAAAGGAGCACGACGAUUCCGGACAAGCACCAUAGGUACUUCACGAGUCGGCCCAAGUUUCAUCCUAUUAAAACCCAACCGGAUUUCAUCGGGGGCAGUGAGCAUUUAGAGUUGAGAGAUUAUCAAUUGGAAGGAGUCAACUGGCUGGUGAACAGCUGGUGCAAAGCCAAUAGCUGUAUCCUAGCCGACGAAAUGGGUCUCGGAAAGACGAUCCAAACAAUAUCAUUUCUCAACUACCUCUUCAACGACCAUCAGUUAUACGGUCCCUUCCUGAUGGUUGUUCCACUUUCGACACUCGUAGCGUGGCAGAGAGAAUUCGUUAACUGGGCACCAGAACUGAAUGUAGUCACGUAUCUCGGCGACGUUUUGAGUCGAGAACGGAUCCGCGAGUUUGAAUGGUAUGUGACCGGUACGAAAAAAAUCAAGUUCAACGUACUGCUCACAACACCCGAAAUCAUGCUGAAGGACGCGACGUACGUGGGUGAAGUCGAUUGGGCUGUCUUGGCCGUGGACGAGGCGCAUCGACUGAAGAACGACGAGGCCCAACUUUACAAAACCCUCCAGGACUUCCGUACGAAGCAUCGGCUAUUAAUUACCGGUACGCCGCUGCAGAAUUCCCUAAAAGAACUCUGGGCACUGUUGCACUUCAUCGAGCCCGACCGAUUCCCCACAUGGGAUACGUUCGAGGGGGAGCACCACGACGCGCAGGACAAGGGCUACAGCAAGCUCCACAAACAGCUAGAACCAUAUCUGUUGCGUCGAGUGAAAAAAGAUGUGGAGAAGUCUCUCCCUGCCAAGGUGGAACGGAUUCUUCGGGUGGAAAUGACAGCGCUGCAGAAACAGUAUUACAAAUGGAUCCUGACGAAAAACUACAAAAUGCUCACCAAGGGCGUAAAAGGCAGUCAUGCAAGUUUUGUGAAUAUCAUGGUCGAGCUGAAAAAAUGUUGUAAUCAUUGUCUUCUAAUUCGGCUGCCGGAAGCCACCAACGGACAGGACGAACUCACCCAAUUGAUCCGAGGAUCCGGGAAGCUGCUCCUCCUCGACAAACUCCUGUGUCGUUUGAAACAGACCGGCCACAGGGUUUUGAUCUUCUCGCAAAUGGUGCGGAUGCUCGACAUCAUCAGCGAGUACCUGAAGAUGCGCAGGUUCCAGUUCCAACGGCUGGACGGGUCGAUAAAAGGCGAGACCCGGAAACAAGCGCUCGACCAUUUCAACGCGGAAAACUCUCAAGAUUUCUGCUUCCUCCUAUCGACGAGAGCCGGCGGCCUGGGAAUAAACCUGGCUACGGCCGACACCGUAAUCAUAUUCGAUUCUGAUUGGAAUCCUCAGAACGAUCUCCAGGCUCAAGCGAGAGCCCAUCGAAUCGGCCAGAAGAAUCAGGUGAAUAUCUACAGAUUAGUGACCAAGGGCUCGGUCGAAGAGGACAUCAUCGAGAGAGCCAAACGGAAAAUGGUUCUCGAUCAUCUGGUCAUUCAGAGAAUGGACACGUCGGGUCGAACGGUUCUGUCCAAAGGCGGUCCGUCAAACAGCAGUGCCAACCAGAGCAGCAGUACUCCGUUCAAUAAGGAGGAGCUCGCUGCGAUACUGAAAUUCGGUGCCGAGGAUCUCUUCAAAGAAGAGGACAGCAGUCAGGACGGUGAGAAUCAGGAGCUAGACAUCGACGAAAUUCUUCAGAGAGCCGAAACCCGAGAGGACGCCCCGAGUACCAUGGGCGACGAGCUUCUCGGUUGCUUCAAAGUGCAGUCUUUCAACUUCAACGAGGAAGAGGUCUCGCAGACACUUCCAGACUUUUCGGGAAAAACAUGGGAAGACAUAAUACCCGAGGCGGAGCGGAAAAAAAUCGAGGAGGAGGAACGCCAGCGCGAACAGAUGGAGCUUUACCUUCCACCGAGACAACGUCGAACGAAUUUCGCCGAUCUCGAGGACGGUGCCGAUGCCGGCGGCAGCCAAACGGUCAAAACCGGGAAACGUGGACGACCAGCCAAAAGCAAAGAGACACUGGGCAGUUUCUCCGAUAAUGAAAUUCGGCGCUUUGUUAAAAGUUAUAAAAAGUACCCGGCUGCGAUGAAACGUCUCCAUGUCGUCGCUCUCGAUGCCGAUCUCCAGGACAAAUCGAUGGUCGAACUGAGGAAGCUUGCCACCGUCCUCGAGAGGGGAUGUCGCGAUUCGAUGGCCGUCGUCAAGAACACCAAGCAGAAAGAGAAGGAGAUGAAGAAAGAAAAGAAGGAUCGAGGAGCCAACGAUGGCACCGGCGAAAAAGAGGGCGGCGAAGGAGAAGACGAGAACUCGAAGAACUCGAAGCACAAACGAACGACAUUCGGUCUGGGAGGCAUUCAAGUCAACGCGAAAUCCGUAUUCACCGCAAUGGAAGAGCUCGAAAUCCUAGAAGUUCUUAUGCCCGACAACCCAGCCGAACGGUCAACGUGGAGAGCUGACUGUACGUUCAAGGACCCCGGUUUCGAUAGAGAGUGGACGCCUCAGGACGAUACGAACCUCCUGAAAGGCAUCUACGAAUACGGCAUGGGGUCCUGGGAACAAAUGAAGAUGGAUCCCGCGCUCCAGCUCAGGGAUAAAAUACUUCCCGAAAAUCCGGAGUCGAAACCUCAAGCGAAACACCUUCUGAGUCGCGCCGAUUCCCUCCUCAAGCUUCUGAGGCGGAUGUACAACAAAAAGCAGAAAGUGAUCAUGGCUGCGCAGAAACGCAAGGAACGCGCCGAGAAGCGACGGGAAGACAGCAAACGCGAGAAAGAAAACAGGAAGGACAAGGACAAGAAAAAAGCAUCUCACCACGCCUCGCAUCAUUCGACUGCCUCUUCGAAUUUCGAACCCGUAGAAGAUCUUCCAAGAGAGGUUUUCAAUGAUUGUAAGGAGAAAAUGCGUCCAGUGAAACGCGCGCUUCGGCAACUCGAUUCUCAAGACAAGAAGCUCUCUAAAGAAGAGCAGAUACGGCUGACUCGGCGGUGUCUCGUGAAAAUCGGAGAUCGCAUCAAUGAAUGCACUGGCGAAUAUCCGACCGACCGGGCCAAACAGUGGAGAUCGUAUUUGUGGGCUUUUGUGAGCAAGUUCACCGACCUUGACGCAAAGCAACUCUACAAACUCUACAAGCACGCUGUGAAGAAGUGCAACGCCGAGGAACAGGGAAGCAAUCUGCCGUCUAAUUGAAGGCGACAUAACUCGUAAAGAAAUCUAAGACUAGUUCGCACGCUUGCUCGAACCGCGACCCCGCUCGGGAGUUCUGCAUUCCUUUCGGAUCACUUUCUCUUGGCAAUGCUCGCAUUUGACAUUUGAAUGAGUACUUUCAUCCGAUGCGUCCUCAUUUUGUGGAUUUGUAAUUUAUGUAUUGUGAGGCGCCGAUAGCUCCGACCUGCAUCGAAUUCAUCUUCCAAUCGAUGAUUUCUGGCCAUCCGCGAGAGCUCGUGACUGUGACCUUAGUUCAUCGAGGGACAUCAGCGCGCCAGAGAUCGUGACGGCAGAGCCUGAUCAGCGUGAAACGGCGAGAGCGAAAUCGCUCGCAAUGUUCGGAAGACGCUCUCUUUGAGGAGAAGCGCCCCCCUCUCCCCCUCGGUCGGAUAUCGAGCCCAAGGCUCCAUGCGCACCUAUGGUACGGAUCCGUGCGCGAAAUCCGUCCGCACGAAGAACCGCGGCAGAAUUUCCGUCGGAAACUACAGUCGUGCCCGAGAGGUCGGAAACUGUUGUAUUCAGACCACGGUACGGGAGAGCAUUCCCCGGAAAACGGCGCUAUCGAGCAAGCGUGGAGAGUUAUAUUUUGGAUUGAGGGAAGAGUGACAUAUUUAAAAUGAAAUCCGUGAGACCGCCACCUCCUUUUGGAACGAAACGAAGGAAACGAUCUCUACGGGUUGAGCGCCUCGCGAGAUUGUCUACCCUGUAUAUUUAACGAUUGCGUUUGAUCUUGGAAAGUAUAUACUGUGUACUUAGAAGAUUUAUAUUAGACGAAGAUAUAGAUCCGAGUUCUAGAGCGGAGACAACAAAUUGAAAAUUAGUCGAUUGGUCAUUAAGCCGAGAGGUCGCUUCCCUUCUCACGAUGCGUUAAGACGUGGAUAUUUUAUUUUCCUUGGAUAGGGCUCGGCAACUGUAAUUACUGUACAGUGAAUCAGGCCGUCUAAAAGUUGAUGGGAGGAUGUGGGAGCGUUUGUAGAUGCUGCUCACCGACCAGAAGAGAACCAAUCUCACUUGUAUCCGGAGUUGGUUCGUCCGUCAACUCGUUGCCGUAAGGAGCCCCAGACGAGCAGUGAAAUUAGAGCGAUGGUUCUAUCUAUACGGAAUGCCGCUGGAAAAACGAAAGUCCUAGGGAAUGUGAUGCAGGAGAAGGAGGGGUUUUGUACAUAUGCACAUUACGUUUGUCUACUUGGCCCUGAAGAAUAAACAUUUAUUUACAGAAGGU